AUGGUCAACCAAUUCCGCGAUGAGAUCCCUCGUCCGAUCAUCGGUGUUGCGCAUGGCAUGGGCUGUGCACAACUGGUUAAUCUUUCGAUCAUCCAUCCGCGCCUGCUGUCCACGCUCAUCCUCUUCGAGCCCGUCAUCAUCGAGGCUUCCUUCGGUGGUCCCAACCCAGCGCUUCCCGCUAGCCUCCGCCGAGACCUUUGGCCGAAUGCCGAAAGCGCCAAAGCAUCAUUAUCGAAAGGCCUCCGAAAUUGGGAUCCUCAUCCAAAAGUUGGCGCCGAAGCUGUGACGCUAAGAACAACAAAGCACCAAGAAGCGUGGAGCUUCUCUACGAUGAACCUGGAAUCCGAGCAUCUGGACCGACUCUUGCUACCUGACUGGGAUAGUGAACGGGAACGGCCGUAUCUCUUUUCACGCCCGGAAUGCUGGUCCGCCAUGAGAAAUCUACCGUUUCUGAGACCGAGUGUCCUCUGGGUCUUUGGGGAGAAGAGCUUCCUGUCUUUGCCGGACGCGCAGGACGUCAAGAUGCGAGUAACAGGAAUCGGAGUGGGUGGUAGCGGUGGGGUUCAAACUGGAGCGGUAGAAAAGGCUGUCCUGGUAGAUGGGUCGCAUACUCUCGUUUUUGAAAAUGUCGGAUGGUGUGCAGAGACUGCGGCCGGAUGGAUUCGGAAGUGGUACGCCGGCUGGUUGAAAGAUGAAAAUUUUUGGUCUGAGUACAGAAGCCGGCAGUCGGAUCAUGAUAUGUUAAGAUUGUCAAAGGAAGCAGUCCAGGUGGCGAAAAUGCCAGUUGGAGCAAAGAGAGGAGAGGCUUGUAAACUGAAAUUAUAA